GCCGUUAAAACACUUAACUUUUAACGUUGUCCCUCGAACCGUAAAAGUCACCCAAAAUAGUUACGUCAUCUCUCGGUUUUACUGUUUAAUACGAUAUAUUUUUGGUAGAUAAUUGCAACCAUUACGUAAUUAGUAUUUUCAGGGUCUGAUAGUCCUGUGCGUUUUUUUCAUGUGUACUUCCGCGUACAAUGUUUUUUUCCCACUGACACACGACAACUUUCGAACAGGAACCCUAUCAGACGCUUCGACUGUCGUUUUCUCUUAAAUUCACGGCACGGCGUGUUUGGGGCUUAUAGCUCUAACCCAGCCAUGAGCAUCAUCGGGGCUGAGGAUGAGGAUUUUGAGAAUGAUCUGACAGAUGUGGCAGAUGACCACUCAACCUUCAACAAUAUAGAAAACUUGAAAGAUCGGCCGACACAUCUGCUGGUCUUCUUGCAACAUGUCAUUCUGCAGUUUGACCCCGCUCCCCUGCUGUGUUACCUCCAUGCUGAACUCUUCAAGAACCUCAAUGCCAAAGAGACCAAGAAGCAGUUUGUGGAGUUCUACAACAAUUUUUUGGACAAGGGUGCUAUUCUCAGAGUGGCCGUGCCUCCUAAUAUAAGCUAUGAACUGGACCGUACUCGUCCAGAUCUGCUCACUGAGGACACCCAACGGCGUUAUGCUCAGGAAGUUCAGAAUCAGCAGGCUGCUGAAGUGGCCAAGCAGCUGGAAGACUUCAGGCAGAAGAGGAUGAUGGGUAUGACCCCCAACGAGGCUGAGCUCAUUGAUGUGGACAGUCACUAUUCCACCGACCGCAUUCCCAAGGAGAUGAAGGAGAAGUCUGUAGCUGAGAACCUGCUGGAUAAGAUGUCUGAAACACAACCUUCAAUCGUCUCAGACGAGGAAAAAUGCCAAUCCAUCUUUUCAGCGGUGGUCUUCUAUAUGAAGCACCUCGGUGUUAAAAGCAGGGCAGUCGACAGUAAGAAGUCCAGAGGAGGUUUCUUCAGAAGGCAGCUGGUAAAGAAUAAGAAAGAUGAACCAUCAAGGUCCAAGCCUAGAGGAGGGUUCCCAAUUCCCAGUUGGAUUGCAGGCAACACUGAGGUCAAACCUAAGACGGAGCCUGAAGCGGAUAAGGUGAAUCCAGAGCGUAAGGGUCUGGCUCCGGGGAGAGGCUCAUUAACCGACUCUGCAGCCCCUUCCCUCCCCAGCAAGAAGUUGAGCACUAAUGUAAGCCCCUCCUCCCUACCAGGGCUAGAGACCAAUGACGGAUCAAACAACAACAUCAUCACUACCAACAGCCCUGAGUCAGCACACACUGAUGGCCUGCCAAGCAAUCGCUUAGAGCCACCAACCCUAUCAGACGGGGGAGACGUAUCACCUGUUGGACUGGUAGGAGGGCUGACCAUUGGAGAGCCUUUCCUAACCAACGAAACUCCCACAGAGGAGAAUGCGGAGAAAGAAAGAAGGAAGAGUAGGAAAGUGGGGCGCAGUGAGAGUGCCCGUGUGGACCGGCACUCCUCUCGGCGCCGUGGCUCUUCCCGGGCUAAACAGUCUCGCUCUCGGAGCGACGUGGACCUCCAGCCACCAUCUGCCACGACAACAACACCUGCCCCGCUUACCCCCCAGCUCCUCCAUCCUCCUGAAGGACUGGUUUUGAAUCCCGAAGGCCCCGGCCACUCCCCUACCAGCCCGUCCCCUCAGCUGGAGGAAAUGGAGCCCCGCCUCUUGGAGUUCGAGCAAGACCCGCCCAACUGGAAGGAGCAGGCCUCCCCUGAAGCCCUGGCCAGUCUCAGCAAGAAGGAGACAAAGAGGCAAGAGAUCAUUAAUGAGCUGUUCACAACUGAGCAUGCUCAUGUGAGGAUGCUAAGUGUUCUGCAGAUGGUUUUCUCCAGACCUCUGGAGAAAGAGGAGCUCCUCACUGCCACUGAGCUGGCUGCCAUCUUCCCCAACCUUGAUGAAAUCAUUGAGAUGCACUAUAACUUCUAUGACAACCUGAAGAAAUUGCGUUUGGAUGACAACUUCAUAGUUAAAUCCAUCAGCACCACAAUGCUCAACAGAUUUGGAGGCACAGAGGGGGAAUGGUUCCAGAAACUGACAGCCCGUUUCUGUAGUCACCAAUCAUGGGCCUUGGACCAGAUCAAGAGCAGGCAGAAGAGGGAGCCACGCUUCAACUCCUUCAUACAGGAGGCAGAGAGUAAACCCCAGUGCCGCAGGCUGCAGCUCAAGGACAUCAUUCCAAUAGAGAUGCAGAGACUGACCAAAUACCCGCUGCUGCUGGAAAAUAUUGCAAAGAACACAGAGGACUCGACAGAGAAGGAGAAGAUCCAACAGAGCGCAGAGUGCUGCAGAAAGAUCCUCAACCAUGUCAACGAGGAGGUCAAAGUGAUGGAGAACCUAUUGACUCUUAAGGACUACCAGCGAAGAUUGGACACAUCAGGGCUCAAACCGAGCAAUGAGCUUUAUACUGAAUAUAAGAACAUCGACCUGACACAGAAGAAGAUGCUCUAUGAAGGCCCCCUAACCUGGAGAGUCACGAAAGAAAAGGCAAUCGAGGUGCAGUGCGUGCUCCUCGGGGAUCUGCUGGUGCUCCUGCAGAGACAAGAUGACAAAAUGGUCCUUAAAUGUCAAAGUAAAAGCAACAUCGCUGUUCAGGAGGGAAAGCAGAUGUUGAGCCCCAUCAUUAAGCUGGACUCAGUCUUCCUUCGGGAGGUGGCCACAGAUCGAAAGGCCUUCUAUGUCAUAUUUACGUGGGACAGCGGUGCUCAGAUCUAUGAACUGGUGGCUCAGUCCGUUGGAGAGAGGAAGAUCUGGACUGAAGUGAUCAAAACAGCAGUGGAUGAUCUAAAAAAGAGCGGAGCGCCCAUGAGGUUGACACUUCCUCCUGGAAGUGGAGGAGCUCCCUUCAGUCCUUCAGCACUCUCUGCCCCUCUGAGCCCCACAGAGAAUGGAGGUUUAAAAGGCGUUGGUGACCAAGAUAAGGACUGUUUGACGGAUGACAAGUCUUCAGACCCGCGGCACAGGCUGAUUGAUUUCCUGUCGGACAAAGGCUUCGACUUGAUCGGCCACUCUAACAGUGAUCAGGAGAAGGUGGCAAACAGCGCUCUGGAUGAAGUCAUGUGCCUGAAAAGGCUAUUGAUCCGCAGUAUCAGCCUAUCAGAAGACUCGCAUCCUGAUGAAGAAAACGGAGAGGACCAAUCAGACAGGCCCUGUCAAGAAACAGAUAUCUUUCAAUCAACAGAAGACAGCCACCCCACAGACAGAGCUGCAGAGGAGGAGAACGAUAACCUCAGUAAAAAAGAAGAAGCAGGGAUGAAAGGCGAGGAGGAGGAGAGCAUCAGUGCACCCCUGGUGUUGUCCCAGGAGAGGUUGGAGGAAGUGUGCAGGAGGCUCCACAGUCUGCAGGAACAACUGAAGAGACUACAGACUGUAGAGGAGGAGCACCACAGACUGCAGGAGGCCCUUUCCAAGUUUUCACUGGAGGGGGGAAACUUCCAGUAAGACACCACCAUGCCACCUGCUGGCCUUUAGGUGAGCUCACAGAUUUGUACUGGUGCUUGUUUGAAGUGCAAGAGUUCCUUUCAGUGGCUCACCUGGAAAUUCCCAAACCCUCACGCCUGGACCUUUUUGUUGCCUUAGCAGGGACUUUUGUGCACAGUGCAGUGGUUCAGUGAUAGAACAUGGGAGGUGUGCAGGUGUAUGUGCGGAUGUUUGCCUGCAUGCUCCGUAGACAGAGUUUUACAUAACAAAAAGAAAAAAAAAAACAGGACUUCCUACUUUUGAGCGGGAGGUUGUUUUUUGUGGAGAGGUGCCAAAAAGACAAAAACAAAGCAAUAUAUUUUUGCUGUGAGAGGGAUGCUGCCUAACAAAAUGUAAUGAUUGUGAUCUGCUGUAACACACAUACGCACACCAGAGACAUGCACGCUAGAAAAUAAUUUACAUUAUUGACAAAAGUAGCCGUAGAAAACAGGAGAAUGAGCUGGAAGCCUUAAGGGGCAAAUGUAGCAUUUGAAAAUAUAUUGAAAUACUACUGCUGAUAGAUAGUUGUUUUAGUCUAUGCCAAAGUACCACAAAGAUGCACUUUGUUCAAGCCAAACAAGUCGAACCCACACUGUUUUUGCAACAUUUACUAUGUUUGCCCUCAGUUCAGUACAGUUUGGGCUUUAUGUAGUCAGCCCACCUUAUUUAAUAGACUGCAUUCAAGACAGUGUGUGUAUGUGUGUUACAAAUUUUUAACUGCUUAUUUUUGAGGGUUCUUAUUAUUAGGACACAUAGAAACAUUUAUAAAUAGUAGCACUAUGUAUAAUCAAUGCUGUUAAUAAUGGAGAUUUGUUUGUAUUUACUGCUUUUAUUUAUUCCUCUGUUGGGUCUGCGUGUUGUUGCAUCACCUGAGUGAAACUGUUACAGCACUGGGGCCAAAGUCAGACAGAGAAGUGAGUUAGAGAAAAAAGAAAAGAAGGUGAGCUAAGAACGUGUAAGAAAGAUUGAAGUGAAGCGGAUAGAUGGAGGGAUGAGUUGUGAGUUUUGAGGGAGGUUUGGUGCAGAGAUUUAAGAGGAUAGCGUUAAAGAAAAGAGAAUAGGAUUUGCACUCACUGUAUUGGAGAAAAUGUACACGUAUACAGAAAUGUUACACUGAAAUCCCAGUGCCACUAGUGUUCACUAGCUGUAAACCCCCCCACCCCCCCUCCAAGCAAAAGAACAAACUUAAGACAGGGUUUUAAUUCAUGCUGUAUGACGUUAAAUCACCUGUUAUAUGUAAAAGAUUCUUAUUCUUUCUCCCCCCCAUGCAGCAUUUGUAACAAAACAGAGCUCUGUCUUUGUAUUUUAUCCAGAUUGAUUGUAUUGUGUGAUUUCUGAGUAGUGGCGUGACUGUGGCUGUGCGCACAGGACCAAAGAUCCUCAUACCAGCUGUUAUUUUCCUAAAGGCAUCUGUAUGGUCACACAAUGCUGCCAAAGUGAAGGGAUUUCAAAAACUGUACAAGAGUAUAAUUGUUGAAUAAAUCACCUGGUUUUCGCCUGUUGGAUGAACACAGAGAUGAACCCAAACUCAAACCUCAGAUCCAGCUCACCUUUCAGGAGCCAAAAACAAUACAAAUAAUGUCUGUUUAUGUGAGUAAGUGUUACUAAAGCUGGCAGACUGUUCCAAUAGUGUGAAAAGAGGACUUACAUGCUGCUCGGAGAACUGUCCCGGCAGCAGAAAAAGAAAAACCGGACUCAAAGAUGGCGAGGAUAACAAAGGAGAAAGUUAGAAGGAAGGAAAGCUGCAGUCUUAUUCCAAGAUUCCUCUCAGCUGUACUGUAAUCACGAUUACUUCCUGAUAUGCAUUCUUUUAUUGUUGUUGCCACUACAACAACAUAUGCCCCCUUUCACCUCACUGAAACUGAAAUCAUGUAAAUAAUGAUUCCGUUAUCGUCCAGCGGUCACAACUUUGUUGUAAUGUUACUGCAAUCGUGUUCUGUGUCUUUCUCUUAGUAAUUGUAAAUAGCUCGAAGGAAAAGAAAAAUGUAAAAAAUUCUGAAUUAACCCUUUUCCCCUCCCUCCGUAUCUUAUUUCUAUUAAGCUUAAUAGCUGCAUAACACCCUCACUUGUGACAGCAAUCACCUCCUCCUUCUUCACAGUCCAUGUUUUGUUGUGUUAUUCAUCUGAUGUACUUUAACAGGCCAGGGAGGUGUUUGUUACUGUUUCCCAACAAGCUUUUGUAAUUAUUUGCUUUGUAUUUGGCCGAUUUGAAGAGAGAGAGAUGAGACUUGCUUGUGACAUUGUCUAUGCAAAAAUGAAAUGAACAAUUAUGCAAAUACUGUCCUAUAUUCUGGACUCCACACUGUAAACCUGCUGUGUACUGUGGCUAACAAGCGGACCAAGGGAUGCAUUUAAAGACAUCCCAUACCAGAAACAGUCACUCACUGCCUGAGCUACUGCUAGAGGCAGGCCUUGCUCUCUUCUCUUCUCCAGAUGAUUUCUCCUCAUGAAUUCUAUAUACAGAUUGAUAGAUGUAUAGAUUUAUAGAGUGGUGCCUUGUUCUUACCAUCAGGUGUUUCUUUUUUUUUUUUUUUUUUUGCAUAAAGGGCUCUUGAGUCAAACAAUCACUUCUUUUUGUUUGGACUGUCUUAUACGGUGGACUGUGAAGCCUUUAGAAGCAAUAAAUGUGCAUCCAGAGAUCAUGCUGGGAUUUCAUGUCCACGUCCAUCACAGCAAUAGGAUUCAAGCCCUUCCGCCAACUCAGAAAAGACACUGCCUUUGUUGCCAUUUUUGUCUAUCUAUAAACAAUGAAUAUGCAAGAACUAUACUGUGUAUUUGGCUUUUUUGAUUUUUAUUGUGCAAGAGGCUCUUUAAUGAUGUAUACUUCAGGAAAAUUGUGGUACGUUCUGUUUUUUAAUUCUUCAUUUUUUUUUAAAUAAAUUGGGGAAAUAA